AUGAUGUCUAUGAGUGAUAUCCAACAACGUCCUCAAAUCCCAACUACUACUGUCAAUGUUAGUACUGCUGCAGUUAACACCACAAGUGGGACUACUCCUACUACUACUCCUACUUCACCAAUUGAUAAUAUUGCCAAACAUGAAGUACAGGUUAAACCAUCAGAAGAUCAACCAGUGAAACCUAAACUUGAACAACACCCUGAUCAACCUUCAAAACCACCCCCAGAGCAACAACAACAACAACAGCAAUUACCAACACCUCCUACAAAACCACCUAAGACAACUGCCAAUACAAGUGCAACUUCUACUAAAAUGUCCAUGUCUGGACCAGUUUGUGGGAAUUGUCAAACUCAAACUACUCCCUUAUGGAGAAGAGAUGAAACAGGUCAAGUAUUGUGUAAUGCCUGUGGAUUAUUUUUGAAAUUACAUGGACGUGCAAGACCAAUUAGUUUAAAGACUGAUACAAUUAAAUCAAGAAAUAGAGUCAAACAAAAUGGAAGUAAUUCCCAAUCAAGUAAAUCUUCUGGAGCCAAUACCCCUGAAUUAAAAUCUAAAGAAGGUAAAUCGGGUAAAAAAUCACCAAAACUGAAAAAGAAAUCACUUACCAAUGGCAAUAGCAAUGGUAAUACUUCUCAUGAACAUAAUACUUUAACCCCAUUAUUACCAGCUACUAGUAAUAACACUCCCACUUUUAAAAGUACCACAAAUCAACAACAACAACAACAACAGCUGCAGCUGCAGCUGCAACAACACCAACAACAACAUCACCACCACCAUAAUCAUCAUUAUUUACCUAAUCAUGUAUUACAAACUCAUCAAGUACCAUUACAUUAUCCUUCUUCAACUCCUACUCAAUUUGCUCCAGGUUUACAAAGAAUCACUUCUCCUUUGUUAUUGUCUACUACUUCAUCUUCUUCAUCAAUAAGAACUGAACCAAACAAUAAUAGUAAACUAACUCCAAUUCAAGCUGCUGCUGGUGCGUUAGAAAAUAUGUCGAAUGAAUUAGGUCCUAGUGCUACUUUUAAAAAAGGUAAUAACAUCAAUGGAGUAUCAUUAAUGAAUAAAACUAAAAAAGAUAUUUCUUCAAUUAGUGGUUCAUCAUCAAUAUUUUCUAGUGUUGCACCAUCUUCUUCAUCAUUAUCUUCUACUUCAUCUACUAGUAUUAUGACCACCAAUAAUCCAGCACCAAAAUUACCUAGUUUAGGAUCAAAAAUUUCAUCACCUUCAUCUCAACCUUUUACUCGUUCUACUACUCCUUUACAAACAUUGCCUCCAUUACACAAGAUAGCGUCACAUGAAUCAUCUUUACCCCCAUUACAUAAUAUUUCCAACUACAACAACAAUAGUAGUGGUAGUGGUGAUGGUAGUGGACAACAAUCUAUGCCUACAAAUUCUCAAACUGGUCAAUCACCAAUCAAUGGUAAUCAAGACAACAACAACAACAACAACAACAACAGCAAUAAUAAUAACAAUAACAAUAAUGGGAAUAAUUUCACUACAUCAGCUCAUGAAGUUACUUUAUUGAAAACAAGAAUAUCUGAAUUAGAAUUAGUCAAUGAUUUAUAUCGAACCAGAAUUAUGGAAUUAGAAGCAAUGGAACAAGCAGCUAGAUUAAGAGAAAGUUCCAUGAAGAAAAGAUUAGAUGAAGUAAUGAAUUUACAAAUAAAUUAUCAAAAUUUACUCAAUAAUGGGGUUUCCUCCCAACAACAACCACCACCACAACCUCAGACAAGUGGCCAAUAUUAUAAUAACAACAACAACAAUGAUCAAGGAUCACAAUCUAUAAGUCCAAAUGUGAGUAUUACUGGAUCAACUACAAUUACAUCACCUAAUUCAAGAAGUAAAAUAAUAUCAGAAACUACUCCAACUCAUCAACAACAAUUGGGGGUGCAAGUUAAUAAUAAUGAAUCAAUUAUAUUACCUCCUUUAAAAAGAGAACGAACUGAUGAAUUAAAAGAUGGAAAUGAUAAUAAAAAAGUUAAAAUAUAA